UCCGCUCUGGGGUUCUUCACCUGGGCGGCGACUCGUCCAGGCUUCUCGCACUCCCAAUUCGCUUGCGAUAAGAUCGUCGACAUGCUUGGGAGAUCGAGACAGUUCAAUCGAAUGUGGGAUUUCUCGCACGAGAUCCGUGCUAGAGGAUCAUUCACUCUCGGCACUGUGGCCAAGAUCAUGAGAAGGCUUGUGGGAGCUGGGCGCUGGAGGGAUGCAGUCAAGGUGUUCGACGAUUUGCCUUCACUGGGAUUUGAGCAGGAUGUGGAUUCUAUGAACCUUUUGCUUGACGCUCUAUGCAAAGAUGGUAAGGUUGAGGUUGCAAGAGAAGUGUUUGCAGUGCUGAAAUCUAGUAUUUUUCCCAAUGCUCACACUUUCAACAUCAUUGUUCAUGGUUGGUGUUGUUUGAAGAGAUUGGAUGAAGCCAAAUGGACUUUGAAAGAGUUUGAAGGCUAUGGAUUUCAACCAUCUGUAAUCACAUACUCUACAUUGAUCAAAGCUUAUUGCGGUAGAUUAAAUUUCGAUCGUGUUUAUGAGUUGCUUGAUGAAAUGGAGUCAACCGGAUGCCCGCCGAAUGUUGUUAGUUAUACGAUUAUCAUGAAGUCAAUAGCUCGAUCGAGUAGGCUUGAAGAGGCGGCGAAGAUUUUUGAGAGAAUGAGGAGCUCCGGGUGUAAACCGGAUACGUAUUUCUACAACUGUUUGAUUAAUACUCUAGGUAAGGCAGGGCAAGUGCAAGAUGCUAUUCGGGUGUUUGAGAUCGAAAUGCCGGCCGAUGGGGUUGUCCGGAGUGUAUCGACUUAUAAUACGAUGAUCUCUGUGCUUUGUCAGCAUGAUCAGGAACGAGAUGCUCUCAAAGUGUUGAAAGAGAUGGAGAAUUCUUCGUCUUCUUGUUCGUAUUCAUUGAAGCCUGAUCUUCAAACAUUUACACCUUUGCUCAAAAUGUGUUUUAAGACAACAGUGAAAGAAGAGCUGCUUAGUGAUCUUUUGAAUGAGAUUGUGAAUAAGAAUCAAUUGAGUUUAGAUGUUUCAACAUAUUCACUACUGAUUCAUGGACUAUGUAAAGAAGGGAAGAUUGAAUGGGCUUGCAAUCUCUUUGAAGAGAUGAUUGGUUUUGAUAUAUCACCUAGAUUUGAGACAUGUAGACUACUUCUAGAUGAAGCUGGACAGAGAGGUUUGUAUGACAUUGCAGAAAGGAUUAAGAGUUUGUUGACGAAAAUUGAAGGUCUUAUUAGAUGAGUAGUUUAAACUUUAGUUGUUACUAUUUGCCAGUGUUCUUUAGUGACUUAUAUUGUUGUAUUGUUGUAGGACUUCAACACAGUUUUGGUUAAAUUGAGUUAAAACUACAUCGGAGAUCUCAAAAUCUCACUUAUAGGACUGUAAAAUUAGACAAUUUUUGUGUGUAUGUAUAUAUAUAUAUAUAUGUUUUUUUUUUUUGGGGGGGAACCCACUAGAAACCCCAGGAAUGUGCACAAG